GUGCGGGCUGUGUGUCCUGGCGGUUCUGCAGCUGCAGGCAUGGCCUCUCCAGGGGCCCCAGCACCCCCGCCCGAGAUACCAGAGCAGAACUGCUGGUACCGUGAGGUGCAGUACUGGGACCAGCGCUACCGGAAUGCGGCUGACUCUGCCCCUUACGAGUGGUUCGGGGACUUCUCCUCCUUCCGUGCACUCCUAGAGCCGGAGCUGCGGCCCGAAGACCGUAUCCUCGUGCUAGGCUGUGGGAACAGUGCCCUGAGCUAUGAGCUGUUUCUUGGAGGCUUCCCUGAUGUGACCAGUGUGGACUACUCAUCAGUGGUGGUGGCUGCUAUGCGGGCUCGCUAUGCCCAUGUGCCCAACCUGCGCUGGGAGACCAUGGAUGUGCGGGCCUUGGACUUCCCCAGUGGCUCCUUCGAUGUGGUGCUUGAGAAGGGCACACUGGAUGCCCUGUUAGCUGGAGAACGAGAUCCCUGGACUGUGUCUUCUGAAGGUGUCCACACUGUGGACCAGGUGCUGAGUGAGGUGGGAUUCCAGAAGAGGACAAGAGACCUCUUGGGCUCUCACACCCAACUGGAGCUGGUCUUAGCAGCUGUCUCUCUACUGCUGGGUGCACUGCUUCUGGGCUGCCUCGUGGCCCUGGGGGUCCAGUACCACAGAGACCCAUCCCACAGCACCUGCCUCACAGAGGCUUGCAUUCGAGUGGCUGGAAAAAUCCUGGAGUCUCUGGACCGUAGUGUGAGUCCCUGUGAGGACUUUUACCAGUUUUCCUGUGGAGGCUGGAUUCAGAGAAAUCCCCUGCCCGAUGGGCGUUCUCGCUGGAACACCUUCAACAGCCUCUGGGACCAGAACCAGGCCAUACUGAAACACCUGCUUGAAAACACCACCUUCAACUCAAGCAGCGAAGCGGAGCGGAAGACACAGCGCUUCUACCUAUCCUGUCUGCAGGUGGAGCGCAUUGAGGAGCUGGGAGCCCAGCCGCUGCGAGACCUCAUUGACAAGAUUGGUGGUUGGAACAUCACGGGGUCCUGGGAGCAGGAUAACUUCAUGGAAGUGCUGAAGGCAGUAGCAGGGACCUACAGAGCCACCCCCUUCUUCACUGUCUAUGUCAGUGCCGACUCCAAGAGUUCUAACAGCAAUGUUAUCCAGGUGGACCAGUCUGGGCUCUUUCUCCCCUCUCGAGAUUACUACCUAAACAGGACCGCCAAUGAGAAAGUGCUUACUGCCUACCUGGACUACAUGGAGGAGCUGGGGAUGCUGCUGGGUGGACGGCCAGCCUCUACACGGGAGCAGAUGCGACAGGUGCUGGAGCUGGAGAUUCAACUGGCCAACAUCACAGUACCCCAGGACCAGCGGCGGGAUGAGGAGAAGAUCUAUCAUAAGAUGAGCAUUGCGGAGCUGCAGGCCCUGGCACCCUCCAUGGACUGGCUGGAGUUUCUAUCUUUCUUGCUGUCACCGCUGGAGCUGGGUGACUCUGAGCCCGUGGUGGUGUAUGGGAAGGAUUAUUUGCAGCAGGUGUCAGAGCUCAUCAACCACACAGAGCCAAGUGUCCUGAACAAUUACCUGAUUUGGAACCUGGUGCAGAAGACAACCUCGAGCCUGGACCACCGCUUUGAGUCUGCACAAGAGAAGCUGCUGGAGACCCUCUAUGGCACCAAGAAGUCCUGCACGCCAAGGUGGCAGACCUGUAUCUCCAACACGGAUGACGCACUUGGCUUCGCUUUGGGCUCCCUCUUUGUGAAGGCCACAUUUGACCGGCAAAGCAAGGAAAUUGCUGAGGGGAUGAUCAGCGAGAUCCGGAGUGCCUUCGAGGAGGCCCUGGGGCAGCUGGUUUGGAUGGAUGACAAAACCCGCCGGGCAGCCAAGGAGAAAGCAGAUGCCAUCUAUGAUAUGAUUGGUUUCCCGGACUUCAUCCUGGAGCCCAAAGAGCUGGAUGAUGUUUAUGAUGGGUAUGAAGUCUCUGAAGAUUCCUUUUUCCAGAACAUGUUGAAUUUGUACAAUUUCUCUGCUAAGGUGAUGGCUGACCAGCUCCGCAAGCCUCCCAGCCGGGACCAGUGGAGCAUGACGCCCCAGACGGUGAAUGCCUACUACCUUCCAACCAAGAAUGAGAUCGUCUUCCCCGCUGGCAUCCUGCAGGCCCCCUUCUACACCCGGAACCACCCCAAGGCCCUGAACUUUGGUGGCAUCGGCGUGGUGAUGGGCCAUGAGUUGACACAUGCCUUUGAUGACCAAGGGCGCGAAUAUGACAAGGAAGGGAACCUGCGGCCCUGGUGGCAGAAUGAGUCACUGGCAGCCUUCCGGAAUCACACGGCCUGCAUGGAGGAGCAGUACAGCCAGUACCAGGUCAAUGGGGAGAGGCUCAACGGCCGCCAGACGCUGGGGGAGAACAUCGCUGACAACGGGGGACUUAAGGCUGCCUAUAACGCUUACAAAGCGUGGCUGAGAAAGCACGGGGAGGAGCAGCAGUUGCCGGCUGUGGGGCUCACCAAUCACCAGCUCUUCUUUGUGGGAUUUGCCCAGGUGUGGUGCUCAGUCCGCACACCCGAGAGCUCUCACGAGGGGCUGGUGACCGACCCCCACAGCCCUGCCCGCUUCCGUGUGCUGGGUACUCUCUCCAACUCCCGUGACUUCCUGUGGCACUUCGGCUGCCCUGUCGGCUCUCCCAUGAACCCAGGGCAGCUGUGUGAGGUGUGGUAGACGUGGGACUGGAGAGAAUUGUCUGGCUGUUGCCAGGGCCUGGGGCAGCUCGCCGGGCAAGGAUGUUCGCUCCAGGUUUAGAGAGGUCAAAUGCCAGCUCCUCACCACAGGUGACAUGAGUCCCGGUCCUCCCUCAAACACCACAUUGUGCCUCUGCUUUGGGGGCACCCCUGCCUCCAGCGGAGCCCCCACCAUUCACUGUGACAUCCUUCCAUGUCACCCUGCCUGGAAGAGGCCUGGGUGGGGGGCACCAGUUCCCGCAGGAAGGAGUCUGCCUCUUCUGGUCCUAAGAUCACUUGACUUGGUGGCCUUGGGACCUGCUGUGCCUGCUGUACUCUGACCACACAGGGUCUGGGGUGGUGUGCCUCCCAUGCUUCUCCCAGAGGCUCACUCAGUGUCCACUUGGGAGUGGAUUCAGCUCCUUUCAGCUCCCCCUCAGGGGCUGUCCCCCACCCCAUGUUCCUCAUGCUGCUGCUCCCAAUACUCCUGCCAACCCUCAUUGACAGACCAACUGUACUCGGCUCUUAGUGGAAGCCUGAGGGCCUUUACAAGCCCUCCUGCUGCAUCCUGGUUUCCCUGGGCUCAGGGGAAGUAUGUGUGGUGUGUAUGUAUAGGGGAUGCUGGUUCCUGUGUCUUGGGGCACAAGUCUUAGGGGAUGACUAUCUUCCCUGGCCCAAGCAGAAAAGCAGAUAGAACAGGGAGAGAGAAAGAUAGAGUUUAUUUUUACAGGGGAGAGGGUG